CUCGGCCUGGGGAAGCAUGUGGGCGACAUCGCCGUGCGGGCCCAGGGCAACGCGCGGCAGGUGGUGGACGACAUGGCCGACGGCGCGCAGUGGUUCGCGCGCGCCGUGGAGUCCACGUUGCAGCUGGAGGUCAGCGUGGACCCGGGGGAGGUGCCGGGAAAAUCGGCAGGCCUCGGGACUUCCGCUUGGGUGGGCCAUGCGCCGGGGAGGAGGCUUGCCAGGCUCGGCAUCCACAUGGAGCAGCAGGCGAGCCAGCUUGGCAUCGACAGGAAAAGCUGGAAAGGCCGCGGUCUGGAGGCGGCGCGGGCGCGCCGCCGCCUGUCGAGCCGGCGCCCGGCUCGCGACCGCCCUCAGCGUGCUGGUCGCUUUCGAGUGCUCGCUGAACGCCGGCGCUUGGUCGUCAAGGCCAAGCGGUGGGGGGCCAGGGUGCUGCUGGUGUCCAAGGUGGGCCUCCUGGCUGCUGGCACCUACGGGCACAGGGCAAUUGGCCUCACUCCCCAGGAGGUCGCACAACUCCGGAGCACCGUGAACGCAGCGCUUCCAGGUCGUUCGAGGCAUCGUUCGACGACGCUGAGGCCGGCGUGCUUCGGCGAGGACCCUGGCCCCACCCUCGCGUCAGCUCCGAUCGCAGCCUGGGCCGAGCAGGCGUGGGACCACCCAGGCCUGUCCCCCACCAUGUCGGAGGCUUGGAAGCGGCAGCAGAUCCGGCUGCUGCACGACGAGUCGCAGUCAGCUCAGAUGGUGCCCGCCUCCUCAUGCGCCUUGGCUGCUCGUCGCUCGGGGUGGACGUGGCCGUCCCGGCGCACUUUCGUGAGCAGGGAGGGCCACGUCAUCGACAUGGCCGCGGUGCGCCCCCGGGAUGUCCAGGCCAUGGCGGAGCGCGACGCGGAUCUGCAGCAGUUGGAGGCGUGGGUCGCCGAGGACAAUGGUCGGGCGGCGCUUGGUCCUGCCUCUUUUUCCGAGGCCCUCCAGAAGUGGUUCCGGCGUUGGCAGCGCCGUUGGUGCGCCCGCUGCUGCCCGGAGCGUCUCCGCUGGGGCGUGGACGCAGAGCAGGGCUUCGCAAGCAGGAGCCGCGACGUUGCCUUGGCCCAGGCCCUCGAGGAGCAUUGGGAAGGGGAGGACUGCUACCUCGCGGAGGACGUCGGCACCGAUGGCAGCUUGAAGGGUCUGUCCUUGAUGGAGUGGCCGCUGGCGAGCGGCGGCGCACCGCCUCGCGUCGCCCGAACGCAGGCCUGCGGCGACAAGCACGGGCGAGGUUCCGCGGCCGCUGCGGCGACGCUGGAGUGCGAACAGCAGCGCAUCUCACAGGUGAACAGGGCGGCCGACGAGCGCGCGGGCCGCGGAGCUGAAUGCGGCACCGACGUCAUGCUGCAGUAUGUCGACGAGGCCUGCAACGCAGCAGCGGCGAAGAUCCACAACGCGUUGAAAUACCAGGCGGAGCUCACCACGCGGGUCUUGGACGAGCACUUCCGGCGGCCUGAUAUCCAGGAGCUGCCGAAGUCUCGCCAGGGCGCCCGGCCCUCAAUCCAGCUCGUGCCCGACACGGCUCAGGCCCACGACAUUCGGCGUCGGCCAGGUGCCGCGGACGAAUGCUGCAGAGGGCACGUCGCCGCGAGCCUCCCCAUAGUGUUCACGACGGCCGGCGCUGUCUCCGACGGCCAUCGACUGUGGAGGACGUCGACGUGGAUCUGGUGCCGGCGAUGCGGCCAGCACGCACAGCGCCGCCUGGCGGGCCUCCGUGGCGAGUGCCUUGGCCGCCCCGGGCAGCCGCGGCGCCUGGUGAACCUGCGCGCGGGGAAGGAGCCGAACGCCCACGUCGCCGAUCCCCCGGUCCUGGUGAUCAUGACGAUAAUAAUCCUGAUAAAGGGCACGAUCGCUCGCAUCGUUCUGGACGUCGUGGUCGUGACGCUGCCUCGCAGGACCCCUGGCAUGGCCAUGGCGGGUGCGAUCCAUGGGCAGCUGUGCCUGGCGACGGCGGUGCCGGCCCACAGCCCUAAGUACCGCAGCGACAUGGGCCUGCCGUUCAUGCUCCGCGUGUUGCUGCUGAU